UCUUAUUUGUCAUAGUGUCCCGCUCCUGGCAGGUCUUGCCCAGGGGACACGCGCCUUAACCAACGCCAAAACUCAUACCAAGCGUCUAAAACUUUUGUUUGAGCUAGCCUAUAAUAGAAAAUUUACUUUUACUAUUUCCUCACAUUUAGCUACGCUCAUCUUUGAUAUUCAGGACGAUAUUAAUGACAAGAGUUGUGAGAGUGUAAGCUUGUUUAAGGCACUGAGGACCGGGAAAACAGGUGUUUGGAGCCGUGAGACUGAAGGAGCACCGCACGCGCCAGGCGCGAGCAAAGACACGCGGCUGUCAGGAGCAGAGCGCGACCCCCGACCCGUAAAAAAAAAGCGUCACAUAAGAAAAAAGAGAGUGAGAGAGAGGGGUGAGAGAGGGAGGGAGAGAGAGAGAGAGCAAUAGAGAGUGUGUGCGAGAGACGCGACCGUCCCAAGAAUGAUGUCCUACAUAAAGCAGCCCCAUUAUGCUGCGAACGGGUUAACACUGUCCGCCUCAGGAAUGGACCUGCUCCACACCGCCGUCGGCUACCCAGCCACUCCGAGGAAGCAGCGUCGGGAGCGCACUACAUUCACACGCACCCAACUGGACAUUCUGGAAGCCCUGUUCACCAAAACACGCUACCCAGACAUAUUUAUGAGAGAGGAGGUAGCUCUGAAAAUCAACCUUCCCGAGUCCAGAGUUCAGGUGUGGUUUAAGAACCGUCGUGCUAAAUGCCGCCAACAGCAACAGCAGACCAGCGGUCAGCCCAAGCCCCGUCCCCCCAAAAAGAAGUCCUCCCCACCCUCAGAGCUGACCUCUGACCCUGGCACGAGCUCCUCGGUGGUGGCUGCCCCUGCCCAGACGGUACCCCCUAUUGCCAGCGCAGGCACAGCACCCGUUUCUGUGUGGAGUCCCACCUCUCUAUCCCCCCUUCCCGAUCCGUUGUGUGGCUCCGGCACGCCCUGCGUGCAGCGCCCGGCUCCCUAUCCCAUGAGCUACGGUCAGCCCUCGACCUAUAGCCAGGGCUACAGCUCCUCUCCUUACUUCAGUGGAUUGGAUUGCAGCCCGUACCUCUCUCCCAUGACCACUCAGCUGUCUGCGAGUGGGGGCGCCCUCUCUCCCCUCACUGUGCCCUCCAUGGGCGGCUCGCUCAGCCAGUCACCCUCCCUCUCCUCCCAAGGAUACAGCACCUCCUCACUGGGUUUCAGUUCCGUAGACUGCCUGGAUUACAAGGACCAGCAGGCCUGGAAGCUCAACUUCAGCACUAUGGAUUGCCUCGACCAUAAAUUCCAGGUGCUGUAAAAGAGAAAGUGAGGAAGAGAAGAAAAAAAGGCAAGAGGGAAGGAAGAAUAAAUUAAACAGAACUAUUGCUUGAAAUGCUGGAGACAUUUUGAUGAUGAAACAGGUCUGAUUCAGCAGGAUUCAUGUGAUCUCAGAGGUGAAAAGGGGGGCCAUUUUGGAACAGGUGAAGACUCUGUAGUCCAGAUCUGCUCUGUGAUUGGCUGAGAGUGAAGGGACUCCUCAAGUCUACUGAUCAGUCUUCAUUAUUAACCAUUUACCUCACACCUACAAUCAACUAGCUUUCUCAACACAUCGUGGCUAUUUAGCUAUUCACUAAUACACACACACACAAAGACAUGCACAUAAUUGGAGGGGAGUUUCUCUGCGGGUACAAGCUUUUUGUUGGACAAAGUUCUUUCUACUUUUUUCAGAAGUUUGGUUGGUUUGUCUUCUGUACUGGGAAGCAUUAGGAGUUCUUGUGUUGUGCAUUUAGCUUGCUGUUAUUUAUGUAUUUUUAAAUUAUGUUAACUUAUAACAAAUAAUGUUGUUUUCUGUUAGUUUGAGUUAAUCGUUACUUCAUUUAAUGGCAGUAUAGUCAUGCUGUUGAUAUAUAUUUUCUAUUUGGGUGACCUUGUGUUGAAAAAUGUUGGUGUUGUUGUUAUGUUGCUUUGACUGAAUACAUUCAGAAGGGAACUAAAGGUUUUAAAUUUUACAUUUAGUUUAACUUCACAAUUAAAUGUGUCUUUGUUUAACAAGAAUUGUCAAACAAGAGUUGUCUACCUUUGUUUCUUGUUGAUUAUGCAAGAUCAAGUACAAUUAAUAAAAACAUGGCAUAAAUGAUUUUCGUGAGAGAAGGGGGGCUUACAAAUUGGUCUGAAGAGCACUUGAAUAAAUUGGGCUACAUCUGUCCCUCAAGCAGAACAUGUAUAUAUGGACUAACAUUUAUGAAUAUAAAUUAAAAACAAAGUA